UCUUGAAAGAGAAACAAAACAGUUGAAACUGUGUUUGUGUUCAUACUAUCCAGCUGUAAAGAAAGGAAGUGGGAGAAAGUUACGGUGCAGAGAUGAAGACGCUCUUUGUUUUGCUUAUUUUCACAUUGCUGAGUGCCCAACAUGUCAGCAGUGCAAAUGUAUCUUUGGUCAUUACGGGCCAUCAUGGACCUGUUCUCGAGGGGGAUGACAUUACUCUGGAAUGCCUGGCAGACACGUCUGAAGACAUGAGCACAUACUACUUCCAGAAAUACAGUAAGUGGAUGAAUAGCUGGAUUACACUGGAUACAAGGAUGUCAUUUCGGUGUUGGUAUUACGCAGUCAACAUCACUCGAAAUGAUGGUCAGCUGUUUUUGUAUUUAAACGACAUCCAGACAUAUCAGUCAGGCCCAUAUCGCUGCGUCUCUAACAACAGUUUACAGACUGAGGUGUCUGAAAACAUCACCAUUCCUAUUAACUAUCUCCGAGAUGUAUCCCUGUUCAGAACUGGCUUCUUUAGUCGCUAUACAGACAACUUGAAAGUGUUGACAGUGGCUCCUGGAGACGAUGUUGAAGUGGAAUGCUCUGCUUAUUCUUCUGGCACACCGCUGUAUGAAUGGAGCCGCGAUGGUGAUGACUGGAUUAUUGUUUCCAACAAGCUGAAGCUGCAGAGCGUUGCUCCAGAGCAUGCAGGAACAUAUACCUGCAAGGUACUGCACCCAUCUGUCCCAGACCUUUCCAAAUCCAAGUCCUUCUCGCUUGUUGUGGCUAAAGGUAACUCACACAAGAAGAAGCUCCCAUAUUGGCAUACAGCUUCGGGUCCUGAACGAUUUAUGCCAAUAGACAUUGAGUACAAGCACCACCAAGCAGUGAGUGACAUUUAUAUGAUUUUGGCGAUUGUUCUUCCAGCCAUUUCUUUGCUCAUCAUCGUUGUCGCCUUUGCCAUCCAUAUGUACAGACGUAAGAAUGCCACAGAGAAGUUACUGGUGGAUGAAGGAGGUCAGCGCACUCCUAUUUACAAAGGCAGCUUGGAUUCUUUACCUUCUGUGUCAGACAAGCAACCACUUGUCAUGUGAUCUCACCAUUAGCAGGAUGUGCUGUAGAGAAGUGGAGUUUUGUUUUUUCUUCAAGCAAGGUAUUCAUGGGAACAGUCUGAAGAACCUUUGCUUUAAAGGACUUUCUUAUUAUCUGCUUUAAUUAUUUGAUUCAUCAUAAAUAUGGAAAUUUUGUUUUAAAUAUUUUUUGGCUUAUGAUUGCCAUUGUAUAGUUCUAAGGCUUGACAGGGAAUUUAACUUGUUAAACUGUUUAAUACAUUUUCUGUAAUGUAAGCAAAGUGGAGAGUUGGAGUAGAAUAUGGAUAGACAAUUUCCAUAGCCUACUAGCUUAUUUGUGUACAUUUUAAAUGUGUAUAUAUUUUGACAUUCAGACUAUCAAAAUGUAUCGUGACUGGUUAUAAUAAGAGAAGGAUAUGUACUGAUUUCUGUCUGAUGGACUGAAGGAAUUUGAAGAGUUGAGAUGAGUUUAGGUAGCAUGUUAUUCACAUGGUGGGGUUGUUGAAAAAAUAAACAAACAAGUGCAUUUCUGAUAACACUUAAUGUUUUUCUUGUCAAAUAUAUUGCCCUUGAAGAGGUACUGUCUAACUCACUUACCUUUUUGUCAUUCACUUUACGGUAACUUCUGCCACCAUAUGUUCCUGUAUCAGUUUGUUUGCCUUGUGAAAUUCUGUUAUCGUAUCUGUCACAUGCUGUCCAAAAGUUAAUUCUGGCCAUUGCUGAUUGGCCCCCCACCAUCCCAUUUGGUGAGACUGGCCUUAACCAUCCCAUGGUGGAUAAUUGUAUAUCCAUCUCAUGGUGGAUAAUUGUAUAUUACUCUUAAUUGGAAUCACUGGGAUCAUACUGCAGAUAAUUUGAGGGGACCUGUGCACGUGAUAAAGCAUUUAGGAGCGGUCUGUUUCCAUUAAUAAUAUGGGGACAAUCCUGGGGUAAAUUUUAUGUUUUCUAUUGAUUGAUCCAGGAUGUACUUUAAUAUGGAUAGGCAUGAGCUUGGAUUUAUGUGAAUGAGGAGUCUGUUCCAGAACAGAAGUAUCCUGUCUCUCAAAACUGCUGUUGAUGCAGCAAAAGAAGUGUAGAUCCCUAGACUGAGUAUUUCAGUUGCCACCUGACUUGCUGAUGUGCAGUAAAUUGAUUGGUAUUGGGUUGGAGGAUGCCUUGUAUGCUUAGACACUGGUCACCUCUUAGUCUGUAAGGUAUCAAGUAUAGUGACAGGGCUUUGAAUUGGUUCAUGUAGGACGUAUUGUUUAGGCUUUGUAUCCAUUUAGUAAGGUAUAUGUGUGGGUAUUCCUGUUUUUGCAUGUGUCUGGACAGACACACUAAGAGGGGAAUUAUACUUGACUGGUCUAAUGAGGGCUGAAUAAAGGAGGACAAUGACCUCCAUAGAUCUAGACACAAUGCCUUUUUUUAUAAGCUGUGCACUACAGAAGGACUUUCUCACAACAGUGGACACACUUAGGUCGAAAGUUAGGUCACUGUCCACAUAAGUUCCCAAAUCCUGAACAACUGGGUCAACUCUUAGGGGUGUAUUGUCAAUGUGGUAGUUCCCUGGGGUACAUGACUUCCCAAAGGAUAAAAUAAUACAUUGUUUUGCAUUUAGUUUCAGUCUGCGAUUUGGCACCAGUUAUUUCUUUAUCUGGGAAAAACCGGAUUUGGGGGUUAAAUAACUACUAGCUUUCAGUCAUCUGCAGUCAUAGUCAGCCAGAGGCCUUUGGUGUUAGCUUUUAUUUCAGAGAAGUAUGUGUCAGGAGGGGUCCCAGUGUGUAGAACCUUGGGAGAUUCCACUGGUAACUGGCCUCUUUGUGGAGGUAACUGCCCCUGUUAUGAUUUCCAACAUGCUAUGUUUGAGCCAGUUGGCAAUCCAGUGGGUGACAUGGGGCUUUAUUCCCGGUUUAUUUCGGUUUUCUACUAUGCUCGAGUGGAGAGUUGUGUCAGAAGCUUUGGCCAGGUUGAGUGAUUUCGAUCACUGCAACACUUAUUUGAAUUUCCUGAUAUACUAAUAAGAUUUUAUUUACAUGAUAACGUUUUAUUACUUCCUGGGUCGAAUGUGACAUGUGGUUAGGAGUAUCUUUGGUGACAUAGAAAAUCAGAUUAGAAUUGUUCAGUCUGUCAGAUCAGCACUCUAAAGUGAAUAUUUUUGUUUACUUUUCUCCGUCAGAUAGCCAAAGGCUGCUGUUCAUUGGGUAGCUGCAUUUAAAAGUGUGACCAUAAACAGCUAUGCAUAGAUAUGUGCGUAACUAGUUCUCUGUGGUGUUACAUGAUGCUUUGAACAUUCAUGCUACUGCAUUUGAAAAGAAUCUUUAUAGGGCAGCAAGGGCCUUCAGAAUAGUCAGAACUUCAUAUCUGUGAUCUUGGAAAUCAAGAUGCAGCCAACACAUUGUCCAAUCAUGUAGAGUUUCCAGUAUAGACAUGUGAGAAGUAUAUACAACUAGAAAGUAUGCUGUAUUAUCUUGGAUAUGAAAUGUGAAACCAGUUACUGAAUUGUUUUGCACAUGAAGCUUAAUUUUUUCUUCCAAAGAUUUUUGAAAUUACAACUUUCAUUCUGUUUUUGGGGAGAAGGGCAGGGAUUCAGUUCUGUAAAUGAGCCUUCUUAUAACUUGAGGUUCAGUUAAUUUUUUUUUUACUUUUGUGUGUGAAAAUUUUUCAUUUUAGACUAAUGUUUGCUGAUUUUUAUCUUAUGUCAGUAUACGAAAUAUGAUCAGUUUGCACUUUAAUGUAGUCUGAUAAUAAACUUUUAAAAAUAAAACAA